AUGCAUUUUUAAUUAUCCUAAAACAUCACCUUAGACUUGAGAAGUCCGGUAGAAGAUGGUUUUGAUGACGACAUAAGCUCCACAGAAUAACUAAGUGAAGGAUCAGUUGAAUCUUUAGAAGACCUCCUCCCCAAAAUUCAUUAAAAACAAAGCCCAUUAUGUAUUAUAGAAGAGAAGAUAAUUCAAUAUCUCAAAUAAUUAAACCUGGCAUUUAAAACAGAUCCGAGAAAAAAAGAGUUUGAAUAUUACGAAAAAUAAAAAAAAACAAUACCUCAGUUUCUAGGAUCUGUUGAGGGUUCACCUGGCAUAAAGAUCAUCAAAUAAAAAACUAAAUAAAUAAUGCAAUAUAUAAAAAACUGA